CUUGACUGUUCGACCAACGACUACAUCACGACCUCGCCAAACCGCGAACAAUUCUUCACUUCGACAACUUUGCAAGGAGGGCAAGAUGUCGACAUUCGAGCCAGUCGUUGUUAUCGAUGGCAAGGGCCACCUGCUCGGUCGUCUCGCCAGUACCGUCGCAAAGCAACUGCUGAACGGCCAAAAGAUCGUUGUUGUCCGCGCGGAGGCCCUCAACAUCUCUGGCGAAUUCUUCCGUGCUAAGCUCAAGUACCAUGCCUACCUCCGCAAGAUCACUCGAUACAACCCUACCCGUGGUGGUCCCUUCCACUUCCGAGCCCCAGCCCGUAUCUUCUACAAGACCGUCCGAGGCAUGAUCCCACACAAGACUGCCCGAGGCGCCGCCGCCAUGGACAGACUGAAGGUCUUCGAGGGAAUUCCACCCCCAUACGACAAGAAGCAACGCAUGGUUGUUCCUCAGGCCCUGAGAGUCCUCAGAUUAAAGCCCGGUCGCAAGUACUGCACGGUCGGCCGAUUGGCACACGAAGUUGGUUGGAAAUACCAGGAUGUUGUUGCUAGACUCGAGGAGAGAAGAAAGGUCAAGGGCAAGGCUUACUACGAGAGAAAGAAGGUUGCUCGACGACAACUCGCCGAAGCACAGAAAUCAUCAAGCAGCGAGACGAAGCAGAAGUUGGCCGCUCUCGGCUACUAGAAGCGUUUCGCCUCCGGAAAAUUCUUUGCGAUUACCCUGCGAACUAUCUCCGAUUGAUAGUGUUCAUCGGACGGAAACGAUCGCAAUUGAGGCAUCCUAUCAAUUCGAGAGAAGACGUUACAAGUUUGUGGGUGAGAUGGCGGUACGCUGUGUGGUAUUGUCCUACACACAGUGGAGAAAGACGGGCUGGGCCAAUUUCGAAGUUGAUGUCGUGGGCAGUCAAAAUCAUUUUCAGCUGCUUGGGAAUAGAAUGCUCCCCAGCAAGGUGGGCUGUUAUGCAUGCGGAGUGAUGUGAUGGUCUUUCAGAAAAACAAAACAUAAAUAUGCCCAUAACGGUAUCCUGACAUUUCUGCUUGAUAUUAUAUGUGGCUCGAAAGUGCUUCAGCUACUGUCAAAACAAGCAUGCAAAAAAGGAGACAAAACGAUGAAAUCUGUCAAAAAGUGUUCAUCACCAGCGUAUUGUGGGCUAAUUGGAUUCCUGUACUGUAGAUUCGGACCCCAAG